GGAGGAGAAGGCUUUUCCUUGUCCUUGUGGGUGGCAGCAGGCUAAAACCCAGCACCAGAACUAUUUCCAAUCAGCUGUCAGUUUCCCCUGUCACACUUCCACCCUCCUCUGCCCUUCAACAAGCAUUCAUUUUAUUGAUCAACCAUUCAUUUGCCUCCCCUUUCUCUCUCUCUCUCUCUGCGCUUCUAUUUACUGAGCGUCUCCCUGCUGAAGCUUCACGCGAACGAGAAGAGUGAUAAAGGACCCUGAAGGAAGGAAAUAGCAAGGGCUUCUUUUGCGAAAGGGUGAGUGUCCCUGUGUCUGGAUCAUGGAGGGAACUGAAGUUUGCCAGACCGAGGAUGCCAUUCUUGCACUGUUUGAAAAUCUGGUUGACCUCAAGCUGCCGGCAAAAUCUGGAUCAGGAUUCCCACCGUCUCUAGCUGAUGAAGAAGUCAUAGCCAAACAGAUUCAUGCAGUUGUGUUGCUGUACAACUACUAUCAUAGGAGACAGCAUCCAGAAUUGAACUUCAUGAAUUUCGAGAGUUUCUGCAAGUUGGCUGUGAUACUAAGACCUAAUCUUCUGCCGUACAUGAAGCUUACACGAAGCUCUAAUGAUACUGUGCUGGAUGAUCUGGAAAAUCAGCUUUCUUUGACUGAGAAGAAUAUUAUGGAUGCGUGUAAUAUUGCUAUGUCUUUGGAUGCAUCCAAAGAGGCUCCUGCUGUAAAUGGAUCUGCUGUUUCCAGAGUUGCAGUUCUUCUUGUGGACUCUACAAAGCAGAAAGCAUUGCUGCAGUUUGGUUCGAUCACUGACGGUGUGUGGUCUGUUGUUGAGAAGGAUGUGGCCGUUGUUGAUCUAAGUAAGGAAAAUUCUGGUGACUCAAAUCUAGCUAACAAAAAGAGAAGGAUUAUUAAAGGACCUCCUCCCAAACGCGAAGAAAGUACUACUGAAGAUGGCCUAAAGAAAGUGGCUAUGUUAGCUGUCAAUGAAGCCACUGGAAUUGGCCAGGAUGACCUUUGUUUCCUGGAAAGCCACAUUGUGUGUUCCGCAAGUAAAGAAAAUACUGGCAUGCGCUUUUACAUCUCACAGUACACUGAAGCAGAGAACAACAAUAGUUUGUGUCAAGUUACCAUCAAAGAUUUGAUUAAAAGCUUGCAGGGUCCACUAUUCUCAAAGACUUCCUUUGGAUGGAUAAUCACACCUGUUGUUGAGUACUUUCAUUUGCUUCCUUAUGCUCGGAUUCUUGCAGACUGGAUGAACUCUGCAUGCAACCAGAGCAGCAGCAUGAUCUCAAAAUCACCGAAGAGGAAUGAUCAAAGUGGCAUGACACCUAAAGCACUGAUGCCAAAGGAUGAAAAUGUGAGUUCCGAUACUUUGGUGCAGCAUCCUGAGACAGAAAAGCAGACUGAGAAUGAUGAAAGUUCAAUGAUUAGUCUGGCUAAUUUUACUGGGCCCCGGAAUAUGGAAGUGGAUGCAGUACCAGUCAUUGAUUCGCGGAACAAAGAUAUGGGUCUGAAUAUUGUCAAUGCCAAACCUGCUAACCAAAAGAUCGCUGGCUCUAACCAUGAGAGCUCAAAUGACUUGAUAAUUUUUGAUAAGGCGGAGAAGCCAAAUACUCUAGUGACACAGGAAAUUGUUAAAGGAAGAGGUAGAAAUGUUUUCAAGAGUGGCGUGAACCGCAACCACAUGGAAGUGGAUGCAUCACCAGUCAUUAAGUUGGAGAAAGAAGAGAUUUGUGCAAAUGUUGCCAAGGCCAUCAAACCUGCCUACCCAGAGAUUGAGGAGACCGUGCUUAAGAGCUCAAAAAUCUUGACAAUUUCUAAUAAGGUGAAGAAGCCAAGUACUCAGGAAAUCGCUGAAGAUAGAUGUAGAGAUGUUGUGAUAAGUGAUCAGAACUGCAGCAACAUCGCCGUGAAUCCAGAUGCAAAGCCUGCAGUUCAUCAUCUUCCUUUGGUUGAGUACAAAUGUAGUGUUCAAGAUAUCGAGAAAGUAUUCUCUAUAAUAGCUUCAAAAGACAAGGAGCUCUCUGAAGCAGCACUCAAAGUGCUCAUGGGAAAAAGAGAUAAACUGUCAUUUCAGCAACGAGAUAUAGAAGAUCAGAUCGCACAGUAUGAUAAGAAGAUCCAGAGACUUCUGAAUGGUGGUGAUGAUAUGGCGCUAAAGAUAGAAUCCUUCCUCGAACUUUGCAAUGACACAUCGUUCUUGAGAACUGUGACCAGAAAGAACCAACCUUCAUCCCAAAGUAACGAGAUGUGGACGUUGCUGGGAAAUGGUGAAGAUGAUAGCCAUACGCCAUGUGAAGCAUUGGACAAUGUAUGCUACAAGAACAAGUGGAUUUUGCCAACAUACCGCCUCCUAUCAGUAAACGGCGGGUUUGUGGCUAGCGUGAUCGUGAAAGGGGAUGAUACAGAGUGGUCCUCAACUGGUGGCGAAGUAUGUCUCAAUCCAAGGGAUGCUAGGGAGUCGGUUGCGUCACAGAUGUUGGAGAAGAUAUGCAACAGCAGCACUACCACCAUCACUGCAACAGUCAAGCACUAAGAACAGCUUUUCAACACUGUUUCCCGGUCGAUACAGUCUCAUUUUGCUAACAUGCUGCAAACCUCUUUCAUACGAUUUGGCAGCAGCAGCGGCUGUUACAUAUAGCCUCUUUACUGUUCUUAUUGAACUCUUUUGCCUGUAGAGAGUAGAGUAAAGGGAUCCGAAAUAGGUGUUUAGUAUGCUUGAAUUCUGGCGGUUUGUGAUUGUAGUUUGCUAGUAUGUGACGAUUUAGCUGGAUUAUGCGUAUGAAAUGAAGCCUCAAUGAUCGUAAUUUCCCUAACUGCAAAAUUUCCCUCUUUUGGUUUUCAUU